GUGCGCAGCAGGCGGCCAUGUUGGAGCAGCGGAGGCGGCGCAGAGGCGCGUCCUGGGUCCCCGCGGCGGCGCCGGUGCCAAGCGCUGGUUUGCGGAUACCCAGGCAGAUCUGCAGUGCCUAAUGCCAUGAGCGUGGUGGUGCAGCAUGUGGAGGAGAAAGCUGUGCACUCCUGGUCGCGGAUCUCCACGGCAGGGAAGAAGGCCCUGGAGGAAGCGCUGCUUGUCUUUAACCCCAUGAGCCAGGAUCUCAGUGCCACUGAGGCCCAGCUUGUGGCCUUCCUGCAGGGCCUGCGGGAUGAUGGUUUCCAACCAACCAUCCUGCGCAGCGGUGAUGUCUAUGGCUAUAGUUCGUGCACAGCCAACCCCCCAAGCCAGACAAAGCUUCAGGCUCGUGCCCCCACCCCAGCUGCCACAUCACCUCCAGCCAGUGCUCCCCGAACUGCCAUGCGGCUGCCUGCAGGCCGGGCCACGCUGCUCCCCAUGCCACUGUCUGGCAGGCUGGCCAAAGCAUCCACACCAGCCCUCGCCAAGCAUGCCACCACCAACCUGCUACUGAGCUCCCUGAAGCAGUCAAAUGCCAGCCGUGCCCGGGGUGCAGCAGUGGGCUUUCCCACCCACCUCUAUCCAGGUGUCUACCCUGCCAUGAGGCUCUCUGUUGUCCUUGAGGCCCUGGUUCCACUCAAGACUCCCAUGCCCUGCUUGGGUGCCAGGCACAAGGCACAGUCACUGCAGCUCUCACUUGCAGACUCUCCCCUGAAGCUGCGGAAAGGUCCAGGGAAGAGGCUGGGGAAUUCCCAGCCCAAAGCUCCCAGAAAAGCCACAAGCAAGGACCCCAAGUGUCUGACUCGAAGAGGCCCCAGGGCUGGACCCCGACAAGGCACUGGGCCCCAGAGCAAGACCUACAAAGCCUCUGGUUCCCUCAGUGGCCCACAAAUGAAAGGUGGCUGUGCUCUGGGCACCAAAACAACCCAGGCCAAAGUUGCCCGUGCCCAGGCCAAGGUGGCUCGAACACAAGCCAAAGCUGCCAAGGCCCGGGCAAAAGCCAAGGCAGCACGGAUCAAGGCCAAGGCCAAGGCCAAGUCCAAGGCAGUACGGGCCAAGGCUAAGGCCAAGGCAGUGCGGCCCAAGGCUAAGGCCAAGGCAGUGCGGGCCAGGGCCAAGGCCAAGGCAGUGCGGGCCAGGGCCAGGGCCAAGGCAGUGCGGGCCAGGGCCAGGGCCAAGGCAGUGCGGGCUAAGGCCAAGGUGGCUCGGACCCAGCCCAGGGGCAGGGGCAGGCCAAAAAGGUCUGUUCAGGCCAGGACUGCAAGGAGGGGCCGGAAAAGCUGCCCUGAGACUGUGGGACAGAAGAGGAAAAGGACUGAGGAGGCAAAGGAUCUUCCUCCCCAGAAGAGAACACGGCUUGGGCCCCAAUCCCCUAAGGUAUGGCUAGGAUCUGGAACGGCAAAGCUGCUGAAAUUCCGGGCCAUCAAGGUGGACAGGCAGUCCUCAGACCAUGAGGUGCGGCAGCAGGCUCAGCGGAUCCUCCGUGUGAACCUUUCCCCUGUAAUACGACUUCAGCCAUUGCUGCCAUACUCAGCACCCUGAUUCCUUCACGUAGCAAUGUUCGGGGAAACUGAGCCCAGUUGUCUGUGGCCAGUGGCACAGUGUGCAAUGCCCAUGGAUUCCACAACCCUAAGGACUCUGGGUGCCUCUCCAGGGCCCUGAGAGCCACCAGCCUCCUUUCAGAGACUGGAGGAUGUGGGGUGGGGUGGGCGGGUGGGAGGGGUGGUCUCAUGGCGCGACGCACUGUGACUUGUUACUCUUCAAGUUGUAUGCCCACUAUUCCAUCUAUCACGUUUUAUACCUUUCCACCUUCCAGUCUCCCUGCCCACACUCCAUGGUCUUUUUUUGUGUGUGUGACUGCUGGUAAGCCAGCUUGAGUGUUUAGGAAAGGUAGCCCCAGGAAUAGGAAUGCCAGAGAGGGUCCUGGUAGCCCAGGGAAGGUCAUGGAUGUGAGUGAAGGGCAGCCUCCGGGCCCCUGAGGGCAGGGGCAGAGCCACUCUAAGGUGGGACACCUCCGCUUGGGGCUGCCCUGGUUUGUUAUCCAGAUAGCUCCCUUGGAGGAGGACAAUAGGUGGCUCUGUGGGGAACCUUGCUUGCAGCCUGCAGGUUUUUAGGCCAGGGAAGGGGCGGUGCAGACAGCCUGGCCUUGUCUUCCAGUCUACUCUGGCUGAAACCUUGGCGCUUUGUGUGGGCUUGUCUGGGGUAGGGCGGGGCCUAAAUCGGCUGAAGUACUUCUGCCUAUUCUUUCCUCUGCUUCUUUCUGGAGAGGGACUAUCCUCGACUUCCCCAGUUGGUGGCAAGGGGUUGGGGCUUGAGUCAGGGGCCAGGGUGGCUCUGGGUUGUAGGGCCACAGAGUCCCCUCACUGACCAAGGAAUUAUCUUGGAUGGGUGGAGUGCUGCGGUCUCUGAGCCUGGAGAGUUUCCACACUGCCUCUCAGUGCUUUCUCCCUGGGUUCCAAGUGCUCUAUUCCCAGGUCCAGCCUCAGCAUGUCUUCCAACAGGGGCCUGUAUGUUCAGACAUUAUUGGUUCUUCCUGCUUUGGAGAGGGGACAGGGCCCUGAGCCCUGAACAAAACUAGCUCCCUGCCCAUCUGCCAGUCCUUCACUGUCUGCCCAGCCUGAAAGGCAGUGGCUGGGGCUGGCGGGGAGGGGGAUACAUUCCCCAGAGGCUCCUGGAGACGAACAGCCUUUCAGAGCUAGGGGUGGAAGCCUCAUUUGAAUGAGAAUUGGAUCCUUUCUGUCUCUGAGGGUUAGUCUGAACCCUGGCCGCACGAGCACCAGCUGCGUUGGAUGGCAGACCUGUAGAGAAGCUCUGCUUCUUGGUGCUCCCCUCCCCACCUUUCUUCUGCAUCUGGUGACUGCUAUUAAUAUCCUUUCCCUGGGCACGGCCUCUCUUGGUUUCCCAGGCUCUGGGGACUCCCCCCACCCUUCUCCCAGCUGCACCAUGACUCCACAACCCUGCAUGCUCCUUGCCUCUGGCAGCCUUGAGUUCAUCUACCAUGUGAGUAUGGGGAAGGACCUGAGGGCCACACUCAGAUCCUCAAGGGCAGCCCAGCUAGGGGCACACUCUGUAUUCUCUCUCUCUCUCGGGCCUGAUUCUAGCUCCAACUGCCCAGGACCCCCAGCCGGGCUAGCCCCUCCUUUCAGCUCUGCUGCUGCUGCCACCGAUGGGUGAGAGGUGGUCUUUUUACCUGAGAGCCAUGUGGAGGGGGAGAAGAAAUCAUCGGGCCACACUGUGGGAUGGGGUGAGGUGGAGGGCGUACCCCUAGGAUCUCUAUACUCAGACCCUGCCCCUCCCAGUCCAGGCUCCCAGAACAAUUGCCCGGGAGGUGCCAGACAAACUUCCUCCACCCGGCUGCUCAGGCGGCAGCUGCUACCCACCUACCAGCAACCUGAUUAUUGGCUGUGGCCAGGUCCUUCGAACCUCAUCCACCUGUGGCCUCCAUGGCCCUGAACUGUACUGCAUUGUCAGUAACUUACAGGUAGGGAGGAGGGUAUGGGCUCUGGAGAUGGUAUCUUGGAUUUUCUUGGGCAGGUUCAGCACCUGUGGGAGUUCAGGUCAUUGACGAGAGCCAGAGGGAGAGGCCUGUGCUGUGAAAUUUUGGAGAGGGUUGUAGCCAACCAAGCACCUCCUGACUAGUCAGUCUCAUUGGGCACUCCAGGAUGCUGAGAAUUGCUUCUUUUGUGACUCUCAGGACUGGAAAAGCCAUGGCAUUGAGAAUGUGAUCUCCUAGAGUGGUCCUGGUGGCAAAAAGACCUGGUGGCAAGCAGAGCGUGGUGAGGGUUCUUGUGUGCCCAUGUGUGCAGGGCUGGGAUCAGGGUCAAGGCCUGGCCACUGACCAGCCCUUGUGGUUACAGGUGUUGAGAAUGUCACCAGCUGGACCUAGAAGAUGCCUUUUACUUUACCCACCUCAUCAUGACUUUCAGGGUGACCCAGUGCCCGAGACUGAAAGCUUAUUCUCUGCCUCCUGACCUGAUGGCCACCGGUGAUGUUUGCCCCUGGUGACCCAAGGACCCCCUCCUGUCCCCAGACAUUCUGGCUCUGCUCCUUGAGCGCUCAGUGGACCAUGGCCACUUCUGGCACAUGUACCACUACUUUGCCCACAACUGCUUAGGCGUCUUUCCUGGGAUUUCUCUUUCCCCUGGCCACAGAGUCAGUGACCUCAUCUAUGAGCAGCGUUACUCAAGACAUUGAGCCUUCCACUGAGGGAGAGGUCAGGCCCAGAGGAAGGGGGGUUGGGCCCUGGGAUGAAGCCAGAGGCUCAGGCUUGCUGCUUAGGUAAUUUCAAAGUUCCGGAUCCAGCCAUUCUGGUGGAGAACCCAAAUAAUACCAAGGUUCAGGGUAAUUAUCCCCACAGCCAGUCUUGUACUCCUUUGUUGGGAAAACCAGAUACUCACUGGUGGAAGGUGAGGUCCUACCUGGGUAUGCACACCCGUGGGGCAGGGUAGCGGGCAAGCCAGCCCAGUCCCCCAAGGAUUGUUUCCCAGCUCUGCUGCAUUAUGGUCCCUGUUAUGGCUCCCCAUUCCUGUCCCAUGUUCCCCAUACCUGUGCCCAGUGCAUAGGGACUGGCAUGGGUAGCAGUUUUCAUCUCUGUCCCUUAUCUCUGCCCCAUCACUGAAUUCCUUUGUGAGGCCCCAUUGUGAUCCUCAUCACUGCUGGCCAUGCCAGCCCAAUCUCUGUCCCCCACCUCUGCUCCUAUCACACUGUACCUCAUAACUCUUCCCUUUGUGAGCCACCGUCACUGUUCCCCGUCACGGUCCCCUGUCUGCCCUCCCACUUUGAUUCAUCACCCUGGCCCUAAUUGGUACCCUGCGUUCCUGAAGCUGCCUCCAGGUGGCACCAGGGCGUCUCUGGGUGUGACCUCUUCCUUGUAAAACAGAAGUCUUGUUAAAGGACAAGAGAGACAUAAUCAUAACCCAGCAGGGCAGCCCAGAGCCAGGCCAGGAGAGUACCAGAGCAGGAGGACAAACCCCGAAGUAGCUUUUUCUCUACAUUCUACGUUCUCCACCCACCUUGACUUCGAUUAUUACCAACUACUUACCCUGAGCACGCGCACACACACGCACACACACCCCGCCCUACUAGGGCCUAGAGCAGCUGUUGUGUGUUCCUCUGAUCAAGAGAAAGGGGAGCUCUGGCAAAGAGAUACAGGAGGUGGCCUCGGCUUGGUAGCUGACAAGCUGUGAGGAGCAAGAGGAGCCAUGGACCCAUCUUUCCAUCCAUGUGUACAUUUAACAAGUGCCCAUGGAGCCCCACUGUGUGCCAGGCAUCUUCUGGGCCUUGCUCAGUGGGGUGCAGAUAGACAAGUUAUCUGUCUUGGAGCUGACAUAAAAAUGAGAAAGGCAGUCAAUAAAUAAACAUACCUUA